AUGUUUCAGUUCGCCCACGUUCUCUACUUGGAAGCACCGCAUAAUGUAGGUUACUCCUAUUCCACGGAACCGAACGACAAUGCUUACACUGACGAUCAGGUGAUUCUUAUAGUUGCUCCUACCCGCAAACUAGCUCACCACAUACGUUUUCGUAUUGAGACCGUGCUUCAUUGGUACAUAAUUACCGCUAGACCAAGCCCAUUAACAGCCGACGAGAAUUACAAUGCACUGAAAGACUUCUUUUCAAUGUUCCCCGAAUAUGCAUCAAAGGAUUUCUUCGUUACUGGUGAAUCAUAUGGUGGUGUCUAUAUUCCGACGCUUUCCCGACGGAUCUUGAACGGCAUCUAUACACAGGAUCUGAACAUAAACUUUAAGGAAGAAAAAUUCAAAUCAACAAACCUCCCUUCAGGGAAUACAGAAUUCCCCUCAUGUUACGUGAUGAAGAAGUCGGGAAUCGCUAUCGGAAAUGGUGAGCUUACUACGAAGUACCAAGUGAACUCUGUAAUAUUGCAGCUCUAUACCUAUGGAAUUGUAGGUCAAACAGAAUACGAUGCGCUGACAAGUCGAUGUUGCCCAGGUGUGGUUGACACGACCCAAUGCGAUUUCUAUACACCUUACAUCUAUUUCGACUAUUUGGGCAAUUAUUAUCCCAGAGAUGGGGCUGAUCCAUGGUGUGCUCAGCAGAUUCUUGGGAUUGUCAUGGACCAAGUAUGGAACUCACUAAACGAUCCAUAUAAUAUCUAUCAGGACUGUUAUCAGACACCAGUGGACAACACAACAAAUGCUACACCACCAUCCACCACGAGUCAGUACACCAACGCAAUCUCGUCCGAUUCUCUGGACGGUUUUCCAUGUUGGUGUGACGAUAUGGCUGCUGUCUAUAUGAAUCAGCCUGAAGUCCGAGCUGCUCUUCAUAUUCCCGACUUCGUACAACCAUGGGUAAAUUCCAACGAACCAUUGAACACAUUAUACUACAAUCGCAGUUAUUUCGAAAUGGAUGGUGAACUGCAGUUUAUUCUGAGCAACUACCUCUACCAGGCAAAGGGCAUGCGGAUGUUGAUCUAUAAUGGUGACACGGAUCAGGUCUGUAAUCACCUCGGUGAUCAAUGGUUGAUAGAACAAGUGGCCGCUAACCUCUCCCUAGCGACAGCUUCUAAGCGCGAGCCUUGGUACUACCAACUGAGCUCCCGUAACGAACGCCAACUAGCUGGCUACGAAAAGAUCUUCACCAAAAAUCUGCAUUUGGUCACUGUCAAAGGAUCGGGACAUUUAGUCCCCAUGGAUCGCCCAGGCCCUUCACUUCAAAUGAUCUAUAACUUUGUCAAGAACAAUCCGCUCAGUAUCGGUCUGCCACCCGGCAUGACCGAACCUACACCAUUGAAACCCGAGUAUUCUGGAUUGGGCACCUGCUCAGAAACUGCUUAUCCUGCCCCCUCAGCAAUGCCAACUAUUCCAGCUGCAACUAUUCCUGGUAUGAUUGAUUUUGACGAAGAAGAUGAAAGUGCCAUGAAGAAUACAGAGAUGUGGCUGAACACGGAUCCAUCGAAUCUAACUGAUAAGGCUCUGGCUGAUAUGAUUACCGAUUUGCCAGGUCUCACAUUUAAUGUGACAUUCCGUCAGUUCUCUGGUUAUCUCACGUCGACUGUCUAUCCCAGUAAUCAUUUAUUCUAUUGGUUUAUGGAAUCACAAAACGACCCUGUAAACGACCCCGUUGUGCUGUGGUUGAACGGUGGACCUGGUUGUAGUUCGCUAGGAGGUCUUCUGGAAGAGCUUGGUCCGUUCCAUAAUAACAACGAUAAUGGUACUACGUUAUUCGAAAAUGUGUACUCUUGGAAUAAAAUGGCUAAUGUGCUAUUUCUCGAGGCACCUGUAGGUGUUGGUUUCUCUUACACGGACGAUCCCGCCUCCUACUAUUGGUCCGAUGAUACGACCGCUGACAACAACGCCCAUGCAAUCAAAUACUUUUUCGAUGCGGUUUUCCCCAACUACAGAAACAAUGGAUUCUUUGUCACUGGAGAGAGUUACGGAGGCGUUUAUGGACCAACAUUGUCGCUCCGUCUAGUGCAAAUGAUUGAUUCUGGUCAACUUAAUCUGAACUUUAAGUUGAGUUUGAUAUCGUGUACAUCAGGUAUCACUAUUUUACAGGGUAUGGCAAUAGGCAAUGGUAUCCUUAGCGAAUAUCUACAGUACAACUCAGAAAUGGUUCUGCAAUAUGGACAUGGAUUCAAUGGAGUCGAACCCGAUCCUUACAAUGUCUAUCAGGACUGCUACUUAUGGCCAUAUCAACCGGGAAGUGGAAAAUCACUGAAAUUGGCGAGUAGGCGAAAGGCUGUAAUGAAACGGCGACGAACCGCUCUCACACAAACCACCGAUGCAGUCCAAACACAACCGCUCUUCAGUGAUUAUGGUACGAAGUCGUGGUAUGGGUCAACCGAUGCGUUCCAUGGUUUCCCGUGUUUCAAUGACGACAGUAUGCAAAAAUAUUUGAAUCGCCCUGAUGUUAUGUCGGCCAUUCAUGCAAAACUGGUCCAUCGAGACCAAUGGACGGAUUGCAGUGACUUGGCCUAUCACCAACAAGUCAAAUACUACGAUAUGUCAGCAACGAUCCAUUCGAUCAUGAACUCGAAGACCUAUUCGAGCAAUAACAUGCGUUUGAUGUUCUACAACGGUGAUGUGGAUACUGUCUGUCAAUUCCUUGGCGACCAAUGGUUCAUAGAGAAUCUGGUCAAAGAGCGUAAUCUCACAGAUAGGUGUUUGACCUGCACAAUGGCUGGUGCGGGGCAGUUCUGCCACCAUGUGAGGCUGUCACAAAUCAGCGCGAUACUGUAUGGUAGAAGGUCCACCUGGUUGCAAUGUUAUACGAUCCGGGAACCCUUCCUAUGUGUUAGCCUAAGAGUCUUGUACAAUCGACAACAAUGGACCUAUCAACUAGCACCUGGAUACAACCCGACAAUAGCCGGCUUUGCGAAAGCAUGGAGUCAGAAUCUCGUACAAUUAACUGUGAAGGGGUCAGGCCAUUUCGUGCCUAUGGACCGACCGGCACAAGCGCUCCAAAUGCUUGUCAAUUUCAUCACAAAUCAAGCAAAUUACAGUACACCAAUAUUCAAUGUCGACAUUACUCCAAAACCUCUACUUACUACUCCUGUAGCUCCACAAACCUGCACACGAAAGGAAUCAGAUAGAAUAAUUUCGAUGCCCGGACUAAAAGCUCCUUUGGGAUUCAAGCAGUAUUCCGGAUUCCUACGAGGAUCUGCCACUCAUAUGCUGCAUUACUGGCUAGUUGAAUCAGAAAUGGUCGAUCCGACCCAAGCUCCAUUGGUACUCUGGUUGAACGGCGGUCCAGGAUCUAGUUCAUUGGAAGGAUUGUUUUUCGAAAAUGGACCAUUCAGGAUAGGUAAAGAUGGUCAAACAGUGACGAGAAAUCCAUACGCUUGGAAUCAGUUUGCAAAUGUUCUCUAUUUGGAAUCUCCUGUGGGAGUUGGAUAUUCAUACUCCACAGAUGGCCAGUUACCACAAUAUUCUGAUGAUGUGACGGCAGCCGAGAACUAUGUGGCUCUUGUGGACUUCUUCAAUCUCUACCCUGAGUACCAGACUCGCCCCUUUUAUACCACUGGAGAAUCAUACGCUGGUGUCUACAUUCCUACACUUUCAGCCUUGCUUAUACAAGGAAUACAGAAUGGGACGUUGAACAUCAACUAUAAGGGACUUGCCAUAGGAAAUGGAGUUCUGAACAAACCCACAGAUAUGAACACACUCUUCCAUAUAUCUUAUUAUCAUGGACAAAUGACGCAUCAGUGA